GGCCCGGGCGGGCGUGAGCGCGGGGGAGCGCGCUGCCUGCAUGCGCGCAGCUCCGGCCCCGGGCGGCCGCGGCGGCAGCGCGGGAGCCGGAGCCGGAGGCAGCCGGACGCGGAGCGGAGCGCGGAGCCCUGGAGGAGCCCCGGGUCCCCGCCGGACCGUUGUGACUGUGUAGCGCCCGGGGAGGGCGCGCGGCGAAGACGAGGACCCGACUCUUUUGAACCUCCCGGCGUUGGGCGCGGGGAGACUCUUGGUAUUUUCUAACUCAACUCGCGGAUCGGAACGUGGCUCCCCUCCAAACGCGGCCGGUGACUUGUAGGACCCCAGCCCUGGCCUCGGCCGCCGCGCACGCCCUCGGAAGCCUCGGCGGGGUAGGAGCGCGAGCCGGCCGCGAGUGUCUCGGUGCGCGCCACGGGCGGGCCGAGGGCUGAUUGGCGGGGGGGAGGGUCCCCGGAGAACCAGUUUGGGAUUUGUCGUGAACAGCAUGGAGGAGAAUGACCCGAAGCCCAGCGAAGCGGCGGCGGCGGAGGGGCAGCGGCAGCCGGAAUCCAGCCCCAGCGGCGGCUCGGGCGGCGGCGGCAGCCCGGGCGACGCGGACACUGGCCGCCGGCGGGCUCUGAUGCUGCCCGCGGUCCUGCAGGCGCCGGGCAACCACCAGCACCCGCACCGCAUCACCAACUUCUUCAUCGACAACAUCCUGCGGCCCGAGUUCGGCCGGAGGAAGGACACGGGGACGUGCUGUGCCGGCGCGGGAGGAGGACGAGGCGGUGGAGCCGGCGGGGAAGGCGGCGCGGGCGGCGCGGAAGGAGGCGGCGGCGCGGGCGGCGCCGAGCCCCUCCUGGGGUCUGGCCGAGAGGCCCGGCAGAACGCGCCCAGUGCGCCCGCACCGCUGCCCGCCGGCGGCGGCGGCGACUCUCCGGGCGACGGGGAAGGCGGCUCCAAGGCGCUCUCGCUGCACGGCGGCGCCAAGAAAGGCGGCGACGCCGGGGCCCCCCUGGACGGGACGCUCAAGGCCCGCGCCUUGGGCAGCGGCGACCUGUCGGUGAGCUCGGACUCGGACAGCUCGCAGGCCAGCGCCAACCUGGGCGCGCAGCCCAUGCUUUGGCCGGCCUGGGUCUACUGCACGCGCUACUCGGACCGGCCUUCUUCAGGUCCCAGGUCCCGCAAACCAAAGAAGAAGAACCCCAACAAAGAGGACAAGCGGCCCCGCACGGCCUUCACGGCGGAGCAGCUGCAGCGGCUCAAGGCCGAGUUCCAGACCAACAGGUACCUGACCGAGCAGCGGCGCCAGAGCCUGGCGCAGGAGCUCAGCCUCAACGAGUCGCAGAUCAAGAUCUGGUUCCAGAACAAGCGGGCCAAGAUCAAGAAGGCCACGGGCAGCAAGAACACGCUGGCUGUGCACCUCAUGGCCCAGGGCCUGUACAACCACUCGACGACCGCCAAGGAGGGCAAGUCGGACAGCGAGUAGGGCGGGCGGGCGCCGGGGCCGGCCUCCGUUGGCGCUAAGCAAUGCAAUAAUUUAAAAUCAUAAAGGGCCAGUGUAUAAAGAUUAUACCAGCAUUAAUAGUGAAGAUAUCGUGUAUUAGCUAUGGUUCUGCAAUAUUCUAUGUAUAUAUAAUUUACAGGUGGUGUAAAAUCCAAAAUAUCUGACUAUAAAAUAUUUUUGAGUUUUCCAGUGUUUAUGAGAUUAUGCUAAUUUUAUGAUUUUUUUUUUUUUUUGUGGAGGGGGCUGCUUAGGGUUUCAUCUUUUCUAAUCCCCUAGGCUCCGUUGUGGGACUUGGGACACUUUUAUUUUUUAAUUUCAAAAGAAGAAAAAAAUUAAAACAACUUGCUGAAGUCCAAAGAUUUUUAUUGCUGCAUUUCACGGGACUGUGAACCGAAUAAAUAGCUCCUACUUGGUCUCUGAGUUCUGCCCCUUUGUCUGUGUGGGCCUGGUGAGGACAGCAGGAGGGUCUGCACCCCAGCCCGGCAGCCGGAGGGACACUGGGGUCCUGGGAGGAGGGACACUGGGGUCCUGGGAGGAGUGCCGCUGCUUCUUGGCGGUGGGCAGGAGCGCUCUGGGCUGGGCCGAGGGGCCUUCCAGGCCCCCAGCCGCACCGGGCUCUUCUCCUCCGGCCUUCUCUCCUCUUCCUCCUCCUCCCCCUCCUCCUCCUCCCCAAGGCCUGGCCAGCACCUCCCUGUGCUUCAGUCCCCGUCUGUCUUUCUGUCCCCAAUCCAGCCGCCCCGCUGCCACAGCCAGCUCUCUCGCCUCUGGGCACCACUUCAGGGAUCCCAGGCCCAUAGGCCCAGCAUGUGGCCGGUGGUGGCGGAGCUGCCCCUCGUCCUGUCCCUUCAGGCCCCAGGACUCUCCUGCUGCCCUUCAGCUCCCCCAGGCGCUCCGUGGGCCCCAGAAAUGGUGGAGGUCUGCUGCCUCCGGGGCAGAGGGCUCUCCAGACGGAGCUGGUGUUUUGUUCCUUUCUUGUUUUUCUUCCUUUCUUUUUUCCUUUUCCUUUUUUUUUUCCUCUAUUUUUAAGUGGCUGCUUCUGCUUUGGAGAGCAUUCUUUCAAGGUACAUAUGUGUGUGUGUGUACGUAUCUGUGUACCGCGUGCACACAGGCACGGAAGUGUACGAGUCCACAGUUCCCCAGCAUGUGGCUCCCUUGACUUUUAGAGGAACUCAGAAUCCUCCAGUAUCAAGAGGAAGGAGGAAAUGUGUAAAUAAUCAUUUCUUAUCACUUUCUGUCUUUUCUUGUUUU